CCCAACUAGGAGAGCACAUUCCCUUGUGAGGAAGACAAAAGCUCGGCCUCCAUUGGGGGAGGAGCCAGCCAUGAGAUCCAUUCAUUCCAGCACUGCUCCUCAUACUUUCAUCUGAGCACAGCACAAGCCAACGGGACUCCCAUCCGUCCAGAGACUCUGCCACUGGCACCAAACCCAAUGUGAACAUGGCAAGCAAACGUGGCUUGGGAAUUCUGCUCUUAGCAGCCGUGCUAAGCACCUUCGGAGUUUGGUUUCUACCAGUCAGCUCGGCAACUGCAGAAAUAUUUUUAUUACUUUCUGGCCAAACAGUUGCCCAGUCAGCAACAUCAACGGAAUCCAAUAAGAACAGCACCCUUACAAAGGGUGGGGACUUGGAUACCAGGCCUACAGAAGCUACAAUACUUCUGAAUUCAUCUUCUGAUGCUGGUGCCCCAGAGACUUCUCCCAUUUCUGCCCUUAGUACAGGUGCCGCUCAAUCAAUGUUCACUCCAAGCCCAGAUAUAUUCUCAGCUGCAAACAUAAAUACUACAUGGAAUACUAAGGAGACGCAAGGAGCAGGGAAUUCCACUGCAGAACUCAAUACAAGCAAAGAGCUGCUCAGUGAGGCUGAACUUCUCAACAGAUCACAAAGUUCUUCACAAAAUUUCCCUUCUGCCAAACAGCAGCCAGAACGACCAUUAACAUCUGCCACUACAAGUCGUGCCGUGGAAGUCAGCAUGACGGCCUGCAUCCAAGCCACUCGCCUGACGGACGCAGAGGUUUUAGCUAUAGCCAUAGGAGCUCUGUUUCUGGCUAUUAUACUAAGUUCACUUUUGUACCAGCUGGUGAUAUACUUGAGAAACCAAAAAGCCAACCGAGACAGCUCCAUAUACAUAAUCGAAAAUGAUCUGCACAAGUACAACAUGGAUGCCAACGAGGAGCAGCCAGAGACAAAACUAUAGGAUUUGUUUCCCAUUAAAUAAACAGAUCAUACAGAACAGUACAUACUGAGUUAUGGGAGAGAAUCAUUAAUACACAUUAAUGAUGUUUGAAACUUUAGCGGUGCUGUUUUCUCCUUUGGCCCUGCAAUGUCACUAUGUGAGUUAUGUCCUGCUGUUUUCUAUAAAAGCCUUUCACAUUUGAAAGGGCCAGUGGAAUAAACAGAAGUUACUGGGACCCAUACUAGCUUCUUUUAGUAGCAACAACCCUUAAUCAUUGAGCUAUAUGAUUGGUGUCACUCAUAUUUAGAAUCUGUGUGUAAAUUAGGCCCUUUACUGAGCUCCUCCAGCAACCACGUGGUAUAAUGCCCCUCUUGUUAAGCUUCUUGCACAGUACUGGGUGGGACUGUACCAAAGCAAUUGGUGGCGAGGGGAUAACAUUAGAAAUAACCAAACUCUGAAACAGUUUGCAAUCCCGGCACAGCAUUGAAUAACAAAGAGACAAGAGUUAUAAAUGCUUGCGCUUUACUCUUCGUUUUAACCCUUCAUUGUCUGGUGAAUUCUCUGCCAGCAGAGUGCAUAGUGUCAGGCAAAUAACCUGUAAACCAAAAACAUCAGCACCAGCACUGUGACUUCUACAAUCUGCCAUAUGUUUAGGUAAUACAUUGAUUCCUGACUCUCUCACAGAGCUAGACUUAUUCUAUUUUUUUUAUUCUUGAACUGUUUAUAGUUCAUGUUGUAAAUAUGUAAAACCAUCAUGUACAUACUGUAAGUCAUGUUAUAUAAUAAAAGAUCAAACAUUUUUGCGUAAUGCCAAAGGAAAUAAUUACAUUUUCACUUGAAAGCAGUAUCUGUCUGAAACAAAGUAUCUGAAGCAGUUCAGUAACAGAUCUAAGAAGAGAAUGGACUUCUAUAUUUUUUCAGCCAGAUAUCAAGACAGUGAUAAAUAUAUAUUGCUUAUAGUGACAAUUACAUUCACAAAUAAUUUUAAAACCAUUAAAAUUCUGUUAUAAAUGUA